AUGUUGGAGGACCUUUUUGAUCAGCCAUUGCCUUCAAAUUUAAAGGCAGAUCAACACCAACAAGAUCACCAACACCAACAACAGCAGCAACAUCAACAACAACUUUCCAUUGAUGAAAUUUCGAGCCCUCUUAGCGCUCGAAUUUUUGAACUUUGUAACACUGAAUUAUUCCCAGAAGCUUUGCAGAAUUCUGAAGUUACAUCAAGCUCAAAUUGUUGCUAUGAAGAGAAUUCCUCAUAUGCAACAAAUAUAUUAGAUGUAGAAAACAAGUUCAAUAAUAGCAAUAGCAAUAACACAGUGGUCACAACUCCAACUAGCACAAACAACAAUAUCAACAACAAUAAUUCCAACAAUAGCAAUAAUCUAUCAGUUAUCUUUGAUUCACAAGAAGAAAUUGACAAUGACAUUUCUGCCUCAAUAGAUUUCUCACUAUCACCAUCUUUCAAUGUUCCUUCAUUCCUUCCAGUCACAUCAUCACAGCAAGUAGAGCAAUUUGAUUUCUCUUCUGUACAGCCUCAUCAUGUUCAACUUACCGCAUGUUCAUCCGUUGAUGGGUUUUCGCAGUAUCAUAAUCCAAAUGAUUCAGUUGCACCUCUUAUGGGAGCUCCCUUAUCAUUACCAUCUGUUUUUGAAGAGGAUUGCAUUACUUCUGUACCUUCUUAUGUUCCUUUGAACCCUUCUUCUCCUUCUUGCAAUUAUCUUGGUCCUGCCGGUAUGGCGGCAUACAUGCCUAAUGGUUCUCUUACCACUGCUUUGUCUACUGAUAGUUCUGGUUUGUUUGGUGGAAAUAUGGUUUUUGGUUCUGAAAUUCAGACACAAGAACUUGAUUAUCAAGGAGAUAAUGGUAGAAUUUAUUGUCCUGAUCCUAUUCAGAGGGUGUUUAACCCUCCUGACCUUCAGGCACUUAAUCCUGAGAAUCAACAACUAGUAGCUGGUGCUGGUAGUUCUGCCACUCUGACACCAGAAAUCUCAAACUUGGAAGACUCCACUUUCAAGGUUGGAAAACUUUCUGUUGAACAAAGGAAAGAAAAGAUUCACAGAUACAUGAAGAAAAGAAAUGAAAGAAACUUCAGCAAGAAAAUUAAGUAUGCAUGCCGCAAAACUCUGGCUGAUAGCAGACCUCGAGUUAGAGGAAGAUUUGCAAAGAAUGAUGAUUUUGGAGAUACAAAUAGAACUGCUAGUGGCAAUCAUGAAGAAGAAGAUGAAGAAGAGGUAGUUGUGAAAGAGGAAGAUGAUAUGGUUGAUUCCUCAGAUAUAUUUGCUCAUAUCAGUGGAGUGAACUCCUUCAAAUGCAAUUAUUCCAUUCAAUCAUGGAUUUGAUUCAAUAGUUUGAUCAGUAUAGUAUACUUAUAUUACUUAGCUUAUAUAGAUUUUUGCAUGGGCCUGUUCCACUCCAGAUUUCUCCUAUAAAUUUGGGUUAGAUGGAUGUGGAAGCUGAAUAAUUGGGGUCCUAAUACUAUAUACCAAAUAAAGUGAAUGAAGAAUAUAAAUAUCAUAUACAAAGAUUAUGCUCACAAGUUGUAUCAACCCAUAAAAAGGUUGCACUAGUGGAGCUCAAUUGAGUAGUUUCUUUUAUAUUAGUUAGAAACUACUAUAUUUUUCUUGUUUUGUUACAUUCAAGGGCAUAAGCCCAUCUUUUUAAAUGUACUUUUGGUGUAAAGAUUUUAAAUAUUUUUAUUGAUUUCAGGUAUGUUUUUUCAUGAAUCCGAUUUGUUUAAGAAAAAGAUAAAAGUAUCCCUAGAAAUGUUUUAAAAGUCUAUACUUAGGUGUGACAAUACCGUUUCAUACAUAUAUUAUAGAUUCCUUCUAUUCCCAUGAUAAUGAUUUCUCGC